AAUGUACGCUACUUUGUGAGAUUGACCAUACCGCUAUUAGAAUACCUAAAUACACCUGUUAUUAAAUAAAUAAAAUGUGUUAUUCUUCUCACGUUGUGCGUCUUCUCUUAUUCAUGGUGAUGGCUUGUGGGGAUGUCGAAUGAGCGUGCGUGAAACGCUGACUGGGGGCAUUCUGUUUCCUGAUAGCAGACUUGACGCGAUUGCAGCGCACAGUAUGAAGGCAGCUUGAUGUGUAGUGCUGGGGAAAUCAGUGAUGGUGAUGGUGUCUCGCGUGAUGGUAACCUCACACUGAUCACUGUUUGGUUUACCAGCAGGUAGCGCUGCCUCGCGCACACUGACCCGAAGAGGGGAGAAAAAAAAGUUUUGAGUGUUGCUCUGAGAUUUAACGCUUGCGCAGAACAGGUUGCCUGGCCAGUUCCUCUGGUUGACUUACCUGAGAGGUACAUACAUCAGUUUCGGUCAGUAACAGAAAGGAACUAACGCGCCGAGCCUGGACUCCGGCGAGCGCGAGGAGAAGUUCGAUUAAAGCGCAGAUACUUUUUUCAAACGAAGAAAUCGAAAGCACCGGAGUAUAUUCUCGUGGCUUCUGGCAGGUGCGCUCGUGUUUUCUUGCCCGUACGCAACGAGGAAACGAAGCUCGUGACAGGUCUCCGUUUCCCGACUUGUUCCCGCUGCAUUGAACGGCUCAGCCCGGUAGACGCCGUCUUUCUUCGUCGCGGAAAGCCUGAAAAAACAGCUGGAUGCCUUCCUCUUGAGCAGUCCGGUAUCAGUGCCGUUUUCACUGGUUGAUUAAAGCGCUGUCUCGCGGGGAAAAUAUGAUGGGCUUUCUGCGCAGGACGUUUAGCCGACGGUCAAAACGACGCUUUCGGACUUCAGAGGAGCUGGAGGGGGCCGGCAGAGGCGGAAACACAGUGCUUCAGGCGCACCAGCAGCAGGUGAUCCACGCGCCGAUCGUAGUGACCGGGGGAGCCGUGGUCCACAUCCCCGCCGCGGGCAACAGCAAAGACGCCAUCACAUGCAGAGUCCUGCUGCUGGACGGAUCGGAUGUCAGUGUGGAGUUACCGAAACACGCCAAGGGACAGGAUCUGUUUGAUCAGAUUAUGUAUCAUUUGGAUCUGGUGGAGGCUGAUUACUUCGGUCUGCAGUUCAUGGACCCAGAGCAGGUUGCGCAAUGGUUGGAUGCAGCCAAGCCCAUAAAAAAGCAGAUUAGAUUUGGACCUCCAUACAGAUUGUUUUUCAGGGUUAAAUUCUAUUCUUCAGAGCCCAAUAACCUUCACGAAGAGUUCACCAGAUAUCUCUUCGUACUGCAGCUUAGACAAGACAUACUGUCCGGCAAGUUAAAGUGUCCAUAUGAUGUGACUGUGGAACUCGGGGCUUAUUGCUUACAAAGUGAACUUGGGGAUUGUGAUCCACUAGAACACUCUGUUGUGUUGGUAUCAGAGUUUCGCUUUUCACCCAGACAGACAGAGCUGAUGGAGGCGGACAUCUACCACAAAUGGGCCGAGUGCAGGGGAAUGAGUCCUUCUCAAGCUGAGCUGAAUUUCCUGAAUAAAUGCAAGUGGCUGGAGAUGUAUGGAGUGGACAUGCACUUUGUGAAGGGACGGGAUGGAGGAGAAUAUGCUCUGGGACUCACACCAACUGGCAUUCUUGUUUUCGAGGGAUCCAGCAAAAUUGGUCUCUUCUUUUGGUGAGGUUCACGGAU